AUGUCACCCACAAGUCGGCCGUCCUUUCUCACCGGCCCAACCGAUCCAAGGCUGUGGAAUAUUACACUUGGUGAAAUGCUCAAGAAGCAAGCGGACACAGGCCCAUCACGGCAAUGCCUUGUCUUCCCCGAAUUCGGUCAGCGUUCAACAUACAUGCAAUUACACAAGAGAAGCUUGGCUGUUUCGAAGGGCCUCAUAGCAUCUGGCAUUCGUCGGGGAGACAAUGUUGGGAUAUUCGCCGGAAACAGUCCCCCUUACGUGGAACUGUUGUUUGCAAGUUCUCAUAUUGGGGCUGCGUUAGUCGUCUUCAAUUGCGCAUACACAUCAGUGGAACUCAAGGCUGCCAUUGAACACUCCGGCAUGUGCUGCAAAAUCGUCUUCACAGCUCCUACCAUCGGAAAACUCUCCAACGAUCUGGCAUUGGAUAUGAUUGCUGACGAAAUAUCGGCCCACAGCUUCUCCGAGCUCGAAGAAAUUAUAAUGUUACGGCCUGUUGCCUCAAGGACAUUCUCUAGCUACGAAGAUUUCAUCAGUCGUGGCAAGAGCAUACCCGAUUCCAUAUUGCAGGCGCGAAGGAGGGCAGUAAGCCCAGAUGACGUUUGUAAUCUUCAAUUCACGAGCGGCACGACUGGCAACCCCAAGGCUGCGAUGCUCACUCAUAACAACAUCAUCAACGAUGGCCGUUUCGUCGGCGAUCGUAUGCGGCUGAAGUCAAGUGAUAUCAUCUGCUGCCCACCACCACUAUUUCACUGUUUUGGUCUAGUUUUGGGACUCCUGGCUGCACUCACGCAUGGAAGUAGCAUCGUGUUUCCCAGCGAAACAUUUAAUGCGGCUGCAACCUUGCAGGCUGUUGUAAUGGAGCGAUGUACAGCACUGCAUGGAGUUCCGGCAAUGUUUUCAGCGCUACUAGAACUUCUGGAGCCUAACAUGGACUUUUCGAAAUUAAGGACAGGAAUAGCAGCGGGAGCACCGGUGCCCCGAAAGAUGAUGGUCGACCUUCAGGAGACGCUAAACUUGCGGGAGAUCACCAACACAUAUGGGAUGACCGAGACAUCGCCCGCAAGCUUUAUGACUUUCACGGACGACCCGGUCGAGAAACGCUUAUCGACAGUAGGAAAGAUCCUCCCUCAUAUGAAAGCGAAGAUUGUCGAUGCAAAAGGCGAAAUCCUCCCCAUCGGCUGUCGAGGUGAGCUCUGUGUCGCUGGCUUCGCUCUCCAGAAAGGCUACUGGAGAAAUCCGGAGAAGACUGCCGAAUCCAUGAUCACAGACGACGAUGGAAUCAGGUGGAUGCAUACAGGCGACGAGGCGGUCUUUGACGAGGGAGGCUAUUGUCGUAUCACGGGACGCAUCAAGGAUAUCAUCAUUCGAGGCGGCGAGAACAUCUUUCCCCUCGAAAUUGAAGAAAGACUUGUCCAACACCCAUCCAUUGUACAAGCAAGUGUCGUCGGCAUCGCAGAUAAUAAGUAUGGUGAGAUAGUGUGUGCGUUCCUUCAGCACCGGUCGGAAAAGAAGAGGCCAUCACUAAAGGAGCUUCGCGAAUUCGUGCGACUAACUUUAGGGUGGCAUAAGGCGCCUAUGCAUGUUUUCUGGCUUGCUGAGGGCGAAGACUUCCCGAAGACAGGGAGUGGGAAGAUCAAGAAGCAUGAUUUGAAGGUACAGGGUGAGCAGAGGGCGAAGCUGGAGAGGUUAGCCAAGUCGAAGUUGUAA